ACCUGAACCCUUAUCCCUUAUGCAAAUACAGCUGUGUCAAUUCCAAGCCCAUUUGUGUGGAAAAGGGUGAGGACCCAGUUGAAAUAAUGUUGCAAGUUCGCUAUAGCUAGACAGAGAGAGAGGCAGACAGGCAGAAGAUAUAUUUUAAUGCUAUUGCCUGAACCAAUUGCGAUGCUUCGCAAAUGUGAUGCAGAGGAUAUUUAUUUUCGUCAGGAUAUUUUAUUCUUCAAAUGUAAUUUCGGAUCUGGAUGGUAUUUCACACAUUUUCAGACAUAUCCCAGGUCCGUGGCUACAAAGCGUGAUCCGACCCAGGAUCUGAGGGUCAACUACAGAAUUUUGGAUCCAACCUGUUCAGAUACUGAGUUGGAUCUCGGGUAAUCGGGUUCAGGUAUAUCAGUGAAGACAUUUACACUGCACAUUGAUCUGGUACUGGUACGCCCUGUAUAUAUUCGGCGCAUGUGACAUAUAAAAUGUGAUUUGAUUUGACAGAAACACAGAACCAAGCAUAGUCUUGUUUAGACUGUGUUGGGAGCCAUGUUCGUGUAUGUACCCCAUCAGCCUUUAACCCAAACUAGCAGCAUACCACCUUGCAUCCCACUGCUGGCUUACCUCUGAAGUUAAGCAGGGUUAGUUCUGGAUGGGAGACCAGAUGCUGCUGGAUGUGGUGUAGGAGGCACUCUUUCCUAAGGUGUAAAAAUAUGUCAUAGGGCAGUGAUUGGGAACAUUUCCCUGUGUAGGGUGCUGUCUUUUGGAUGGGAUGUUGAACGCGUGUCCUGACUCUCCGUGGUCACUAAAGAUCCCAUGGCACUUAUUGUAAGAAUAGGGAUGUUAACCCUGGUGUCCUGGCAGAAUUCCAAAUCUGGCCACCUAAUCACCCCCAGCUUCCAAUUGGCUCAUUCAUCCUCCCUCUGACCUGUAACUAUUCCCUACGUUGUUGCUAUAAAUGAGAAUGUGUUCUCAGUCAACUUACCUGGUUAAAUAAAAAACAUGUGUAUGGAGUUGUUAGAUCCUCAUUGAGUUUUCCUUGUCGACUGCCAAUGCGUGUCCCAGAGAAGGCCACUACCACAGUAACAACACAUUCUGCUUGACCAACUUAGCUCUGUGUGUUUUAUGAAUUCUAGAGAGUUGUAGAGGUGAUUUUACUAUUGAUCUCAAUAUCUGAUAAAGAUUUACUGGGCAUUUGAAAUGGUGCACUGUUGUCAAACAUCAAACGUAUUUUUUGUGAAACACUCAGAAUGAUCUUUCAAUUUUUCAAAGUAUCUUGGAACUAAUGCUGAUCUUAUGGCACCAGACACUGACAGUCAGAUCCAGGGCUUCCUUCACCAGCAACAUCACUGCUGCUGAUGAUGAAAGGUCCUGUUUGUCAGGAUUGUGGGAGAGGUUACACUGAAGCAGAGGGUGACAGCCCUACCACCUUGGGCUGCGGUUACACUGAAGCAGAGAGAGAGAGAGUCCUACCACCUUGGGCUGAAGUUACACUGAAGCAGAGGGAGACAGCCCUACCACCUUGGGCUGUUACACUGAAGCAGAGGGAGAGAGUUCUACCACCUUGGGUAGUUACACUGAAGCAGAGUGAGAGAGUCCUACCACCUUGGGCUGUUACACUGAAGCAGAGGGAGAGAGUCCUACCACAUUGGGCUGAGGUUACACUGAAGCAGAGGGAGAGAGUCCUACCACCUUGGGUAGUUACACUGAAGCAGAGGGAGGGAGUGCUACCACCUUGGGCUGAGGUUGCACUGUAGCAGAGGGAGAGAGCCCUACCACAUUGGGCUGGAGCAGAGCUCGCCUACGGGUCCACAGGCUUUAUCUGAAGCACCCCAGUGAGGGAUGAAUAGCCCAGCAGAGAGGGGAAGAGGAUGGAGGAGAGGAUGGGGAGGAGGGAAGAUGGGAAAGGAAAUGAUAAGUGGGAGGAGGAGAGCAGGGGAGAGCGAGAAGAGGAGGUGUGAGAGGUAAGUGGAGAUGAAAGAUAUGCGUUCUGAGUAAAAUGCAGCAGUUUGCAUGAGAAAGCAACCCUUUUGAGUUCUAGAUAGCACCUUUUUUUCUUCUAAAAGUGUAUAAGGAAUAGCCUGCUGUCCACUCUUACUCACUUCUGCUUUCUGAGCAUCACUUUGGGCAGUCUCAUUGGAAUGAGUUAGGUACAUAACAUUCCCCAAAUCAUAGAGAGAGAGUGUGUCAACUGAAACAGUGUAAAAUUAAUAGAAAAACAAUAAAUAGGAAGGGCUAUCAUCUCCCCUCACUGCCUCCUCCUCCCUCUCUUUCUGAGUUUUAAAGUCUCCUCCCUCUUCAGAGAAUGGGAGUAUGAGGGAUUGCUUCAGUCGUCUUAAGAGAACAUAUACGCACAUCUACCAUUCUCUGUGUGCCCGUCUCUCUCACUCCAUCUCUCCUCCCUUCUCUGCCUUCUUGCCGGACCCACUGCUGCUCCCUGCCUGACCAGGCUGAGGAUAACCCUGAGCAUCGUCAGGAAUAGGAGUUUGUCUAAAGAAGGAACAUCUACACUGGUGAAGGAUGCAGCGGAUCCGGGAGGGCAUCCACAUAAGGACCAUGAAGGCCAAAAGGAAAGUGGAGGACAUCUCUAAAGAAGAUGUCCAGGCAUUCUUCAAGAAGCACGCCUUCGUGCUCUUUACUGUAGCUGCCGUCAUUGUAGGUAUAAUCUUAGGCUUUGCACUGCGUCCCUAUAAAAUGACCUACCGAGAGGUGAAGUACUUCUCUUUCCCCGGAGAGCUGCUGAUGAGGAUGCUACAGAUGCUGGUGCUUCCCCUGCUAGUAUCCAGUCUAAUCACAGGCAUGGCAGCACUGGACAGUAAGGCUUCAGGAAAGAUGGGCAUGCGAGCUGUGGUGUAUUACAUGACCACCACCAUUAUCGCUGUCAUCAUAGGCAUCAUCGUGGUGCUCAUCAUCCACCCUGGGAAAGGAUCUAAGGAUGAGUUCAUGAAACAGUCGAAGAUAGAGGACAUCAGCCCUGCCGACGCCUUCCUGGAUCUCAUCAGAAACAUGUUUCCACCAAACAUGGUCCAAGCCUGCACACAACAGUUCAAAACCAAAUACGGGAAGCGAAUUGUCCAUGUAACGGUGACGGUGAAUGACUCGGUCUUCAACCUGACCAACCUGACUGAGCAGAUUACCCGGGAGGAGGUGAUCCCUAUCCCAGGCACGGUGAACGGGGUCAACGCCCUGGGGCUGGUGGUCUUCUCCAUGUGCUUUGGCCUCAUCAUCGGCAACAUGAAGGAGCAGGGCCAGCCCCUCAGGGAUUUCUUCGACAGCCUCAAUGAGGCUAUCAUGAGACUGGUGGCAAUUAUCAUGUGGUAUGCACCAAUCGGCAUCAUGUUCCUCAUAUCGGGGAAGAUCGUGGAGAUGGAUGACAUCACUGAGAUGGGUGGUCAGCUGGCCAUGUACACCAUCACGGUGAUCAUAGGCCUGUCCAUCCACGCUUUCAUCAUCCUCCCCGGCCUGUACUUCGCCAUCACACGGCUGAACCCCUUCAUCUUCAUCAUGGGGCUGGUGGAGGCCCUCAUCACAGCCCUGGGAACCUCCUCCAGCUCAGCAACCCUUCCCAUCACCUUCAAGUGUCUGGAGGUAAACAACAAGGUGGAUAAGCGCAUCACGCGGUUUGUGUUGCCGGUCGGCGCAACCAUUAACAUGGAUGGAACAGCACUUUACGAGGCUCUGGCAGCUAUCUUCAUAGCUCAAGUUAACAACAUGGACAUGAACUUAGGUCAGAUCAUUACAAUCAGCAUCACAGCCACUGCAGCAAGUAUUGGAGCUGCUGGGAUACCACAGGCUGGACUGGUCACCAUGGUGAUUGUGUUGACCUCUGUUGGACUUCCCACUGAUGACAUCACCCUCAUCAUUGCAGUUGAUUGGUUCCUUGAUCGGCUGCGUACCACAACCAACGUCUUGGGUGACUCCAUUGGGGCUGGCAUUGUGGAAUUCCUAUCUCGACAGGAGCUGCAGGCCAAGGAUGUGGAGAUGGGGAACAUUGUGCUAGAGGAGAGGAAGAAACCAUACCAGCUCAUCUCUCAGGAAAACGACCACGAAAAUGCCAAACGUCCGAAAACUGAAAGCAAGAUGUAGAUCAACGCUCAAUAGUGCACACAAGCACACGCAAGCACACACACGGAAUGUUUUGGUUCAUUUUUGUUUUCAAUCUGUCAUAUUUGUCCAGUUAUUUUCACUCUACAACUUUUAAAAAUAUGUUUCUUUCUCUGAAGUUGCCCAAUCAAAUUACUUACAUCCGGCGCCUCUCUACUAGAUAGAUAGGCCACCUGUUUUAUGGUUUGUCUGGGUAUUUUUGUGUUGAGUUAAGUCAUGGCCUAGAAUAUGUAUAUGGUAUAAUGGUAUAAGUAAUGAGGAAAGUGAUAUGGGGUGUUGAUGUCCAAAAGGAAUUUUGUAAAAUUAUGAAAGGACAACCUAUGUUUGAAUGACUUCAAAAAAAGCAAAAGAGAACACAUUUGUAUAUAACUACCUUAAUUUUGGUGGACCCCAGGAAGAGAAGCUACUGCCUUGGCAGCAGCUAAUGGGGAUCCAUAAUAAAUACAAUUACAUUUUAUUUGCUACAACUAAUGAAAUUAGGCCCUAUGAGCUGUUUCUGGUGAAAAACAACCAACUUCCUAUCAUAAGCAGUAAUUUAAAUAACAAUCCCCAAGUGGUGUGUAUUUUUUUGUUGUUUUGAUUUGAUUAACUUUUAUCAUGCUGUCAAUAUUCCUGUUGCAUAUGACAACUCCAAUUGUAUUUUUACUUUAUUUUGAUUGAUCAAAUUCUUGAAGGUGGUGCUGUGAUGCUGACAAUAUGGUUAAAAUGAGAUGUAUCCAACAAUCGUCAUCACUAUAUAUGUAUCCAACAAUUGUUAUCACUAUAUAUUCCCUAUUUUGUAGCCAGCCCUAAGACAAACGAGUCUUUGAAAUAUCCUUCACUAUUUAGUACAUCAUUAUUUUAUCAUAGCAGGUGUUUAAUAUUUUUAAGGCUUUGUAGAGUGAUUGUAUGUCGAUAUAUGUGUAAAUUAACUAUAUAAUAUGGAUAGUUGUUUACUUGAAUAUGUCUUCUUUAAUCUCAAUUCAGAAAGAUAUUUGUUUUCAGGGCCGAAAUGCCACUCCAAUGCCUUGGUUAGUGAAAUCAAGGAACAUAGUUCGUGAUAAUUACAGUAUGUGUGAACUAACUCAAACGGAUUUAGAAAAUAUGUUAUUUUCUUUCUUUUUUUCUUUAAGUUUUGAGAUAUGAUGGUUCACUUUCCGUAAAGGCAACAUUUGUGGUGAAAAGGAACUAAAUGGACUGGUAGAUUUGUCUUUGGUGAAUAACAUUUUGAAUAAAAUGUAAAAAGGAA